CUGACUCUCUCAUUGAUUGAUCGAGCCUGUCGGAUCUGUUUUUCUGACGUCGAUUAUCCUUCCUUCAGUUAGGCUGGGCCUAGCCUGUGAUAGCAGUUUAGUGGGAAUUUUAUUGCGAUACACCAUCCCAGUUUUGACUUUUAGGUCACUAUUACGGUUAUAAAAAAUGGCAGACGAAGAAUUAGAGGCGAUUAGGCGGCAAAGAAUGGCGGAGCUACAGGCAAAGCAAGGGGAAGGUAAUAAUCAGCAAGCAGAGGAGGCCAAACAAAGAGAAACAGAUAUGAGGAACUCCAUAUUGGCUCAAGUUCUAGACCAGUCUGCCCGUGCGAGAUUGAGCAAUCUUGCCUUGGUGAAGCCAGAAAAGGCAAAUGCAGUUGAAAACUAUCUCAUUCAAAUGGCUCGUUUUGGAAAGCUGGGAGGAAAGAUUACAGAAUCAGGCUUGAUCGAGAUCCUAGAAAAAGUCAGUCAACAAACAGAAAAAAAGACAACCGUUACAUUCAACAGACGGAGGGUGAUGGACUCGGAUGAUGAGGACGACUAUUAACUUUCAACAGGAGCUCUGGAAUGAGCAACCAAAUCAGAGCAGUUGACAUGCUUUGCUGGGACUCUGACAGGAUCGCUGACUAGUGUGUUCCUGUUAGCUGAACCCUGAGAUGCCACACUAGCUUCUGUGUGUCUUUGGAAACUACCAACCAAGAUGGGAAAACAAGGACUUUGAUAUUGCAGCAUUUGGUGGGAUUGUUGAACACAAUGUCAAUUAACAUUUUAUUUUGUAAACUCUUCAAUCUAGAUGCUACAAAUUUUUACUGCUUAUCUGACAGCUCAUGGCACUGUUUGACUCUCCUAGUCCAUCUCAGUAGUUUCCUUUAUUUUCACCACGGUUCAUGCAUUUUCUUCAAACAUUAGAAACUAGUUAAAAUGCAGAUGAUACUGAUGUUAAUGCAUUUUAUGUGGGUCUACUCUUUAAUUGCCAUCUAGGCUACUAUCCCAUUAGCUGUUAUUCUAGGAUUCUUGUUGCUGAUGUGUACCUUGAGGGUUCACAUAUAAUUAAAUGAGCCUUAAAUUGAAAUGUUUUUCCUUGUUAGUGGACUGUUUCUAAAUUUGUCCUUCACCAUUUAAAUGAGUGUUAAAUCUUUUUUUUUUUAAGUUUCCAUUUAGAAUUAAACACAAAUUGUAUUCCACUGACUUGAACAUCAAAUAUCACAACAUCAAUACACAGUAACGUCCCCACCAUACAAAGGUAGACUGUCAGUCUAUGGAGGUGGAUAAUUGACUCUGGACUUUUUGCUUUAUAAAUAAGUUCACAUUUUGACAUUCAAUUCAGAAGCAGGAGUUAACAGACUGCCAAAUGUAUCCAACAACUUUUGAAAUAAAAUGCAAGAUGAGGAAAUGUG